AUUAAUAAUAUAAAUACUCAACCAUCUGCAACUAUCUUUCUCUCAUUUUCAAAGUAUCUCAUCCCUUUAUUAUUAUUAUUUCUCUCAUUCACCGGUAAUGGCAAAAGUCUCACGUCGGAGCAAGAAAACAAUGGAAGAAAUCGGGGAUAAAACAGCGUCUGAGUCUGAGACUGCGUCCAUUGCCUUUAAAUCCAAACGCAAACGUAAGUCGCCGCCACAAAACACUCCUCCCCAACGCAGCUCCUCCUUUAGAGGCGUCACAAGGCAUAGAUGGACGGGGAGAUACGAAGCACAUUUGUGGGAUAAGAACAGCUGGAACGAUACUCAGACCAAGAAAGGUCGACAAGUUUAUCUAGGGGCUUACGACGAAGAAGAAGCAGCAGCACGUGCCUACGACUUGGCCGCAUUGAAGUACUGGGGACGAGACACACUCUUGAACUUCCCUUUGCCUACUUAUGAAGAUGAUAUCAAAGAAAUGGAAGGCCACUCCAAGGAAGAGUAUAUUGGAUCAUUGAGAAGAAAAAGUAGUGGGUUUUCUCGCGGUGUAUCAAAAUACAGAGGAGUUGCAAGGCAUCACCAUAAUGGAAGAUGGGAAGCUAGAAUUGGAAGGGUGUUUGGUAAUAAAUAUCUAUACCUUGGCACAUACGCCACGCAAGAAGAAGCAGCAAUCGCCUACGACAUCGCGGCAAUAGAGUACCGUGGACUUCACGCCGUUACCAAUUUCGACGUCAGCCGUUAUCUAAACCCUAGCGCCGCCGCAAAUCAUCAUAUCCCGGAUAAACCCGAUUCCGAUUCCGAUUCCAAGCCGAUUCGAAAACCUGAUCACGAGCCCGAUAACGGAUCUCCGACAUCAGAGGAGAUAUCCGAACCAUCUACACCGCCGGAAGCUAUUCCACCUCGCCGGAGCUUCCCCGACGAUAUCCAGACGUAUUUUGGGUGUCAAGAUUCCGGCAAGCCAGCGACGGAGGAAGACGUCAUAUUCGGCGGUUUUAAUCCAUUCAUGAAUCCUAGUUUCUAUAACGAGUUUGAUUAUGGACCUUGAUCAAGUGUUUGUUUUUAUCAUCUAUAAUGCAUCGAACAUUAUUUCUUAGUGA